AUGAAGCUCCCUGCAGCAAUUCUGGUCUCAGGCAUCGUCCUGCUGGCUGGGGUCAAUGCGCAGAAUGGAACUUAUGGUGCGCAGAUGUAUACACCGGCGUCGUCUCCAGCCAGGUGUUCGCCCGACGGGACAAUCACCGUCACUCAGGUCAAUCAGCUUUACGACACCCAGUAUGAGACGCAAUGGAAGACGACAACAUACACGGAGAAUAGGGCUGCAAGGACGAUCACAACAUAUACUGAAUUGUUGGGAGCAGAAGGACAACGAGGAGGAUAUGGACCACCCACGACAGUGACAAGGACCACCACUGUGUACCGGAAUUGUAUACCAAGUCCUGCUGGCUAUAGUCAUCGAAAUCGAAGACAAGCAGACAAGAAUAAUCCCCCAGCUCUUUACUGCAGUACAAUCACUCAACCAGCCAUAAUCACAACCAGAAUUAUUACUUCGGAAAAACAUCUCACCAAAACCGACAAGCAGAUUUUGACGGAUACAGAGACGACCGAGGUCACACGGACGAAUACGGAGACUUUGCUGGUUACUAUUACGGACGUAUCGACCACAACAAGCGUCUCGACCACGACUUAUACUUUUCCGGUCACUAUUACGAUUACAAAUACGGAAACGACUUCGCUUCCUCCAAUCACCAGCACCUUCACCUACACCUCCAUCCAGGAAAUCACGGUCACCUCGACGUUUACCAGCAUCUACACUUCUCCCACAACGGUCGUCUCGGUGACAGUUUCCCCAACCACCGUUACGCAGCCUACUACAACCACAGAGAGGACGACCGAAAGGACAACCGAACGGACAACCGAAAGGACAACCGAAAGGACAACAAUUCCCAGUCUCACAACGCAGACAGAUACCUCCUCCACCACAAUCUAUGUGACAUCCAUCAGCAUCACAACCGCAACGCUGAUCCAGACGUCUACAUUUGUUUCAACGCAGACCACUACUUUCACCACUGUCUCCCCGACGACUCUGACGGCUACUGUAACGUCCACAAAUACUGUGACCACCCCAACAACCAUAACGACCACUGUGCCUACUACCAUCACAAGUACGGUGACAUCAACUUCUGUAUCCGUUUCGACCACUACGAGUGUGAGUGUUCGGACUUUCUCGACCUCGGUCUUCGUGCCGACGACGAUAUUCAAUACGACCACAUUGUUCGUUCCUACCACAAUUACCAAUAUAGUCACUUCUCCCGUGACAAUUACGAAUGUUGUGACUACCACGAUUCCCACAACCACGAGUGUACUUGUGACUACCACUGUUUCAGUACCAAUCGUCACGACCUCUUUCGUCACAAACACCAUACCUAUCACCACCGUUUCGACAAUCCUCAUACCAACUACGGUGAUCAGUUUCGUGCCUACAACAAUCAUCUCGUCGAUUACAUCAUUGGUUCCUACAACCAUCACCCAAGUAAUCACUUCCCUGAUAACCACCGUCUCCACCAGUAUCAUUAACAACACGAUAUCGACAACAUUUACAGUUACAACUCCGACAUCCUUUACUGUCACUCUACCUGUCACUCAAAGUGUGCUAGUCACGGUUCCUACGACCAUCCCUACCACGGUAACUGUGUUAUCGACCAUUACAACCCCCACUACUGUUUUAGUGCCUACUACCAUCAUCUCCACAUCCACUUCGCUUGUGACAACAACUUCCAUAAGCCUCAUCACCAGUACGGCGACCAGUACUGUUACUAUCACCACGCCGAGCACUGUCUUGGUGCCUACUACUGUGAUCUCGACAUUGACCUCCCUCGUCACCACGACUUCUAUUAGCGUGGAAACCGAUACGACUACGAGCACCUUGACUAUCACAACGCCAACGACCGUCGUUGUACCCACUACUCUAACCUCGACAUUGACUUCCCUUGUCACAACAACCUCUGUCAGCGUCAUCAGCAAUACAGUCACAAGUACUCUUACCAUCACAAGUCCUACCACCGUCUUGGUACCAACCACAGUUUUCUCGACUCUGACUUCCCUUGUCACAACAACCUCUGUUAGUGUGAGCACUACCAUUCUCACAAGCACUCUCACCGUCACCACUCCUACCACCAUAACAGUCCCAACUACGGUGGUAUCAACCGCAACUUCUCUGAUCACUACCACAUCUGUCAGCCUUGUGACUAGCAUUAUUACGAAUACUUUGACAGUGACCACCCCGUCAACUGUUUUAGUAACCAUCCCUACUACUGUUGCUGUUCCGACCACUGUCUUGAUAACUACAUUAGUUUCGGUGCCUACAACGAUUUCCGUUCCUACAACUAUUCCAACCACCGUUUCAGUUCCCACAACUGUCUUGGUGACGUCCGUUGUUACGUCGGUCGUGGUUUCGACGCUACCGGCUUCCACAAUUACUGCCACCAGUAUCUUCACAAGUGUUCUGCCGGCAAGCACCGUCUUCUCCACAGUGACGCUGCCUCCGAAUACAGUGACUUUGCCACCAGCUACAAUAACUAUCUCGGGAAGCACUGUGACAGCGCCUGGGCUCACAUCUGUCCUGCCUGGAACCACACUCACGCUACCAGGAUCGACUACUACGGUGACUGGUUCUGUGGUUACUCUUCCGGGUUCAACAGUAACAGUUGGGCCAAGCACAAUAACCUUACCCGGAGCCACGACGACAUUGCCUGGCGUUACAAUCACUUUGCCUGCAUCGACAACAACACUGCCUGGUAGCACUAUCACUUUGCCAGGUUCGACAAUAUCUCUGCCUGCAAAUACAGUAACUCUUCCAGGAUCAACAAGCAUUAUUCCUGGCAGCACUGUCAUCUCAACAUCUGUUCUUCCCGGCUCGACAACCACACUUACAGAUGUCACAACUAUCACAAUACCUGGGUCAACCAUCACUUCAUCGUCUCUCGUCGUAAUCACAGCACCACCAGUGUCGAACCCUGCAGUCACCAUCCCGGGAACUACUCUUCCUGGAACAACCCAGUUGGGCUCGACCCUUACCAUCCUCUCUACUGUCACCAUUGCGAACAUUACACUUUGUCCGACACGCACAGUGAACCCGACCUAUACAGCACCUUCAGCAUUGCCAACGGACUACACAUGGGGUUGUCCACCAGGGUGGUUGUGCAGGCCGAGACGUGAGGACUGCAAUUUCGAAGUUGGUCCUCCUGACCCUGGUUACUACUGUUCUCCUGACGAAUGCCAACCUGUGGUGCCUCGACCUCGACCUCCUGUGCAAUACUGGGGAACACCAGUGAUCAGUAACGAUACUCCUAUUACAAACACCAGUCUGAGAUAUAACACGACCAAUGAGUUUUUCAAUUGCAACCCACUUGACUUUGGCUUGAAUUAUUCCAUUUUUGCGGCAUCAGAGGUCGUCACCAGUACCACAAUCGCAGGUGCAGUGUAUCCUACUGCGAGGGCCUUAUUUGGGCGUCAAGCGUUGCUUCCUGUGCCGGGUGCCUGCUAUGACGAUUGCAAUAAUUGUGCAGUUGAGGUGCAAACGACAGGCAAAACCCCUGCCAUCUGUGAAGAAGAUUCUGCUUUCCAAAUAUCACUUGGUAACUGUCAGACUUGCAUAAGCACGAAACAGAGUGCUUCGACGUCUGACUUCACAAGGAUCGAACCGAACUUCAGGCAAUUCCUCGACUUCUGUAACGUUAUACGCGUUCUUGGAGCUGCUAAUGAAUCUCCUUCUGGUGGUGGCGGCACUGCACAAGCACAGACUACAGGCCCAACGGGUCCAGCUCCAUCCUCUGCAACACAAGCUCCAUCCUCUGCAACACAGGCUCCAUCCUCUGCAACACAAGCCCCAUCCUCUGCAGCUGCUUCAUCGGCCAACCCCGGUACCUCAUCUAACGCAGCCGGAUCUGGUGCAAGCUUGGGUACUUCAUUGGGGGUUGGGACGGCGAGCUCAGCCGGACCGCCGGGCAACACGGGUGUCACCCCAGCUAGUACCACGGUCGAUUCGACUGGACAAUCAGCGGCUGGAGGAAGCGCCUCGCCAACUGGUGACUCUGCAGGAGCAAGCUCUCCAGGUUCAGCUGGGACCGGGACACCCACCAGCGGAUCCGGAUUUGGCACCACAACUUCAACAAGCGUCCAGACAUACGAUCCGAACGCUACCAACGCAGCCUCAUAUGGUCUGAGACCUCGAAGCCUAUCUGCUACCACUACAUGGUCGUGGUUUGCAAUCCUCUUUGGCAUAUUCUGGAUAUAA